GCACGGUCGGGCACGGGAGAUUAUCGUCUGUCUUGGCGCAAACUUGGCGAACUGCAUGUGUCUUCUGCCUUUCGUCGCGGACUCGAUGGGGAUGGAUUUGGCGAAUCAAUCCCGUCAAUACUUCGGCGCUGAGUCGGUACUCACAUAUCCUGAAUCAGGCGGUAUCCACGCAGCACAUGUCGACUUGAGGUCAAUUCCUCAAGGAAUGACAUCCUACUCAAGUAUAAAAUAGACAACGAACUGCUAAGGCUUUCCAGUGCUCUCACCGAUACAAUGCCUUCUCUCACUUCUUUCCUGCAACUGGCGGCUUUGGUAGCAACUGCUCUUGCUCUGCCCAGCAACGUCACCGUGUCCCGCACGGAGACCGCAAAGCGGGCGACCUGUACCGUCAACAGCGUCUCCAGCGCAUCGAGUCUGGGCAGCUGCACUAGUGUGGUCAUCCAGGGCUUCACCGUGCCGGCUGGCAACACUCUUACUAUUGCCGCUGCAAAGGGCGCGACCGUGACCAUGACUGGCGAUCUCGUUUUCGCUAAGACCUCUACCGCUGGUCCGCUCUUCAUCUUGAAUACUCCUGGCAUCGUCUUCAACGGCGGUAACCACAAAAUUGAUGGACAAGGCGCAUCUUACUGGGACGGCCAGGGUACCAAUGGCGGCUCCUUCAAACCCCACCCUUUCAUCAAACUCAAGGGCUACGGAUCCUUCACGCAGUUCACGGUCCUCAAUUCCCCUGCCCAAGCUGUCUCCGUUGGGACUUCCGGCGGAUCUGCUGUGAUUCAGAAAGUGACUGUUGACAACUCUCUCGGAGACACGAAGGGCGGCCACAACACCGACGCCUUUGACGUCAGCGCCAGCGAUGUGACAAUCUCUUCCUGCACGGUCAAGAACCAGGACGACUGCCUCGCGCUCAACUCGGGUGACAACGUUCUCAUCGAAGACACGGUCUGCUCCGGCGGCCACGGCAUCUCCAUCGGCUCGAUUGCGACUGGGAAAUCCGUCACCAACUUCAAGGCUGCGCGCAACACGGUCACGAACAGCAUGUACGGUCUCCGCAUCAAAGUCCAGGCCGCUGCAACGGGUGCCAAGGUUUCUGGUGUCAUCUACGAGGCGUGAGUGUCCCAUUGUCUCGACCGUGGCUCCGUCCGACUGAACCGCCCGCAGCAACAAGAUCUCUGGGAUCACCGGAUACGGCGUCCUGAUCACCCAGAGCUACCCGGACAACAACGGCACCCCUGGCACAGGCGGGCCCAUCUCUGGCGUACAGUUCACCGGAGGAACGACCACCGUCUCGACCACCAGCAGCGCCUACGGCCUUGUCAUUGACUGCGGUGCUUGCAGCGGAACGUGGGACUUCUCCGGGCUCGACAUCACAUCCAGUGGCAAAGGACACUCUCUGGCGCUCGACAAAGCGAAGGUGUGUUCCAUCCAUGUGUUUGGGGCCGCGCUCAUGCUCCAUCCUCCUAGCUCUCGGGUGGAACGUACUGAUCGAGCAUUCCUGUGCAAUUAGACAUCCGUGAAUGUAACAUCGAAUCGUGCAGACAGUCUGUAAGAAUGUAUUGGCGUUGAACGAAAGUCGAGAUUCAGUCUGAGGGACUGAUGAGUCAAGAGUCAAGACCCGGGGGAGUAGGAAACGAGUACGGCAUCGAGUGCGAGCCAAAAGGUGUGUGUGUAUGGUAAGAAUCCAAUCCUUCCCACCACCAUCUCGUAAGAUGAUCACCAUGUGUUCGGGUCUUGUGACCUCCGCGCGUUCUCUUGUGUCGUGUGAGCUGGAUGGGAAACACCAGAAGACAUGUUGUUCACGUGGUUCGUCCUCGUCUUGUGCCACUUUUCCCACGAUCUGACCACCCGGCAUCUUCUUCGCGAUAACAUUGUCUGCUGCCCAACAGAAUGCCACAGCAAACGCGAGGAAAGCGAGCUGAGAAGCACCGACUGGAACGACAUACGCAGUGGAAAAGCCCCAGAAUGCGCGGCGCGACCUAGAACAGAAACACCCGGAGGACCCAAGGACGAUCGAGGUCCAAAACAUGACAAAUCAGCAGAGGACGGUAGAAGGCGACAGCUCAACAUUACCGAUACUUGGUCCUCACUCCAUCUGCUGCUGAGUAGGCCAGGUGCUCCUCCCUCUCAGUCUCUCCUUGGUCAGCGGGCUUCCUAUUAGAUACUCCACGGAGUCUGUACACCUCAGCUCGUGAUCGCCGCGAGUCUGAAACCGCUCGUUCUCGCAAGCGAGCCGACUGGGCACCGCAGCGUAUUGGGAGUUCCUCUUCCUCUUCCGGAUGCCAAAGCUGCAUAAGAGGGACCGAGGGGUCGAUGAGCAUUGCGCCAAGAGCACUCGCACAUUCGUCAGGCUCGUCUUCUCAUCAUGCAUCUUGCUGCUAUUGGCUUUGGCACCCUCCUGUUCAGUGGAUCCGCCCUAUCGACCGUCAUUCCCAUGCAAGCACACUCUGAUGGCGAUCUGCUGAACCUUGGAAUCGUCGCAUCUCGAGCUCCUCAAGGACAACACACUCGCAUCCAGAGCGAACAGGUAGUGUCUGGAAUCGAUAGAAAUCUUGGACUGGAUGCGGCCGACCUCCUUGACCCAGUCAUACACGAAGUUUCCGACAUCGGUGACAAGGCCAGCACUGCCGCUAAACAAGGGCUGGGGAAGCUUUUGAGUCUGGUUGUCAGCGACGAGGAUCGACAGUCGAACAAAGCAGCCGCGGAUCUGAAAGUCGCGAAGCAUCCUGCGAGCGAGGCAAAACAAGCGGGGGGAGAUGCCGAUGGCUCGUUGGGGGUGGUUAAGACUUUGUUCAAUUUGCUGGGUACUGCAGUCACCGGCGCGGUUGGGAAGGUGGAAUCGGUCGCCGAUUCUGUUCUAGAUACUGUUCGAAUGGUACCGUCCCAUAGGAUCGGCGUGCGAGUGGUCGAGUUAGUCAAGGAACCGGUUCUCAUUCUGCUGCUCGAGUACCUUUGGAAGAUCGCCAGGAAACGCGGAGGACUCGCUGGAUGCGGAGCAGAGGACGUUGGAUCUAUCGAAAAACGGGACCAACGGCGACUCAAUCCUGUAAUCACGCAGUGUCGCGUCGCACGCCUUGCAGGAUGCAUCGCGCUCCUCACGCUUUCCUUCUUGCCCUCAAAAUCGGAGGGCACGCUGGAGAUCUCGCGCGUGGGGAUACAAACCGUGCCAUACCUCUACGCCGCCAUUCUCGCCGUUGCUUCAAGUUUGGGAAGAGGUACUUGGGCGGGUCGGCUGCAGCGGCACAUUUCUCUCGUCCUUUUCCCGGCUUUCGUCGUCUACUUCUACUGGGACGUCGUUCCGCUGGGAACGUUCACCGAACCUCCAUUGGAUAGAACUGACGGUCAGAUUCUAUGGAUCCGUCUAGCGCUCCUCUUUAUCACUGCCACUUUGAUUCCUGCAUUCACCCCACGCGAGUACUUCCCUCUUCACCCCGAAUCGGAGAACCCUACAGAGAACGUCAAUCCAGAGGAAACUGCAUCGUUGGCCGUGUUCCUCUCGUGGUCAUUCCUUGACCGCAUCGUUUUCCGGGCCAAUCGAGACCAGAGCUUCGAGGAGGCGGAUCUGGAUCCGCUGUGUGAAGCCGAUCGGGCAGAAUUCGUGACUGAGAAGAGUCUUCCGUUUGUCAUGGUCGGUGCGCAAAGUAGGAGGCAUCUGUUCUUCAGGCUUCUGCGUGUGUUCUGGCGGCAGUACAUCUUUGUUGCAGUGCUGCUCGUGUUGAGGGUGGGUGUUAACAUGGUCCAGCCCUGGGCUCUGAAUCGACUUCUCUCCUAUCUCGAGACCCGAGACCAGCCAGGUCAUGUCAUCCGACCCUGGGUCUGGAUUGUGGUCAUGUUUCUCAGCCCAAUCGCCUCAACUAUCUUCGCAGCCCUAUUCCUUUAUCUAAAUGGACUCGUUGUCGUCCGGGCCGAAGCGCUGCUUACCCAUAUCAUUUUCAAGCACAGCCUGCGCAUUCGAGUCAAGGCAGAAACUAGUCCUUCCGUCGUGGAAGAUGCUACACCCGUCGUCACUGAAACAGCCAUUCCGUCUUCGGACUCGAGCGAGACUGUUGCAGACGAGGAUGGCCCGCCAACGACCAGCGGCGAUUCUCCUAGCUUCAAGCCGCAGACGCAGAAUCUGACCGGCAAGAUCAACAACCUGAUGACAACCGACAUGCGAGAGAUUGAGAACAACGUUGACUUUCCGUAUCUCAUCAUCUACAUUCCGCUGCAGAUCAUCCUGUCGACCAUCUUUCUAUACUCCCUUCUGGGUUGGGCUGUGUUCGUCGGCGUGGGCGCCUUGGUGGCUCUCGGCCCGGUUCCCGGCUACCUCAUGAAGCUCGUCAGCGGGACGCAGAAACAGCGGAUGGCCAAGAUGGAUGAGAGAGUGCAGAGCGUGACUGAAGCGGUUAAGGCACUGCGGAUGAUCAAGCUCUUCGGCUGGGAGUCGAGGAUAUCGCAGCGGAUCAAUGCUCAGAGAGAGGCCGAACUGGGCUGGGUGAAGAGGCUGCGCAUCCUUGCGGUUGGAAGUCAGUUGGCAAAUGCGACCAUUCCGACUCUGAUCAUGAAACAACCUCUCAAUGCGUCGAAAGUCUUUGCUAGCAUCAAUCUAUUUGAUCUCAUUGGUUUUGCACUCUCUCAAGUGACUUACUACGCAGAGAGCGCAGUACAAGCUAAAGUGUCUUUGGACCGAAUCGACACAUUCUUGCAUGAGACGGAUCUCUUGGACGACGGCGACGUAGACGAGCUUGAAGGGGACGAGAUCGGUUUUCGGAAUGUCGCUUAUGCUUGGUCCGAGACAGCUACCUCGGAUCUUGCUCGGCACGAAAGACAAUUCAUCCUCCGCAUUGAAGACGAGAUUUUAUUCAAGAGAGGGAAAAUCAACGCCGUUGUGGGCCCCACGGGCUCCGGCAAAACGUCACUCCUGAUGGCUCUCCUCGGGGAGAUGCACCAGCUUCCCUCGUCAGCCUCAGCCUGUUCCAGCCUCCCCCGAGCCGGCGGUGUGGCCUACGCUGCACAGGAAUCAUGGGUGCUCAACGACACAAUCCGCGCGAACAUCCUGUUCAACUCGAGCGAGAUCGACGAGGAGCGAUACAGGAAGGUUUUGUAUGCGUGCGCCCUUGAGUCAGAUUUGAAGAUGUUCCGAGCGGGGGAUGCGACUGAAGUUGGAGAGAAUGGCCUCACGCUUUCGGGGGGCCAAAAAGCCAGGCUGACGCUGGCGAGAGCUAUAUACUCGAACGCCGAGAUUCUCCUGCUGGAUGACAUUCUUGCUGCCUUGGAUGCUCAUACGGCACAAUGGAUCUGCGACAAGUGUUUGCGAGGGAGCCUGAUCGAGAAUCGGACUGUCAUCCUCGUGACGCACAAUCUCCCUCUAGUGCGACCACUGGCAUCUUAUAUCGUCUCCAUUGGCGCCGACGGACGUGCCAUCGGUGAAAAUUGGAACCUAACUCCGUUAACGGUGGCCGAAAUCACCGACGCCCCUGUCCCCAAAGAGGAAAUCGUGGAUGGAUCAGAUGAUGCUAUCAAAAGCGCCGAUGGCAAGCUCAUCGUCGCAGAGGAAGUCAGCGCCGGACAUGUCGGCUGUGAAGAUGUAUCUGAGUGCGAUCUCACCUCGCUGGUGCCACCCCGCAUUCUUCGUCGCUGGUUAUCUCGUUAUUGCAUUUUGGCAACAGAUGCUAGCCGUCGGACGGAUCUGGAUGAUGGGCCGGCAUGCAAUAUGCUUGUCUCCCCGGUGUUUGAUUACUCAUUAAUCCACAGGAAUCUGGUAUAUGUCUCCCCAUUGAGGUAUUGCUCGCCUAUCAUUCUUGGCCGUUCCUUGGUUGAACAAUUAUCGAGAUGGCUUGAUACUACCCCUACUUCUCGCAUAAUCGCUCGGGUGACGGGUGAUAUGUCGUCUGUGGACGAUAAGAUCGCAACACUCACUCCCCCCGCUUCGAUAAUUGGGAUGGCUAUUCUGACCCAAUUUGUUACGAUCGUGCUGUACAGCCCGGUCUUCCUCCUGCCCGGGAUCUUGGUCGCUGGAGCCGGAACGUGGGUCGCACAAAUGUACAUCCACAGUCAAUUGCCGGUCAAGCGCAUACUGUCGAAUGCUCGGGCCCCAGUUUUGGCGAACUUAUCCGCGGCAAUGGCCGGCUUGAUCUCGAUACGCGCCUACUCUGCCCAAGCCAAGUUCAUUUCCGAAUCUCUCACUCGGAUUGAUCGCUAUUCGCGCGCCAACAGGAACUUUUUCAACCUCAAUCGAUGGGUCUCGUUCCGGAUCGAUCUCCUCGGCGCAGUGUUUGCUGCAACGGUGACGACUUAUCUAAUCUAUGUCAAGAGGAGCGAGGCCAGCGAAGCGGGUCUGCUCAUCGGGCUUGCGGUCAGAUCCACGAGCAUCCUAUUGGGUUUUAUCCAGGUUUUCAACACCCUCGAAGUCGAAGCCAACUCGCUCGAACGAAUCAAGGCAUAUCUCGAUAUCGAACACGAGAAGCCACCCACGGAAGCUGGCCGAGCGCCGGCCUACUGGCCGGCGAGUGGAGCGUUGCGGGUCGAGAACUUGUCAGCCAAGUAUGACGUCGAUGGACCGCUUGUUCUGAAGGAUGUCUCGUUCGAAGUCAAGCCCGGCGAGAGGGUCGGUAUCGUCGGCCGAACUGGCUCUGGAAAGAGCUCUCUCACACUCUCGUUGUUGCGAUGCAUUCCGACCACCGGGACGAUCAGCUACGACGGAAUCGACACCUCUACUCUGAACCUCGAAGCGGUCCGAUCGAGCAUUGCAAUCAUCCCGCAAGUGCCGGAGCUUCUCACCGGUUCGCUCCGCUCGAACCUCGACCCUUUCAACCAAUUCGGAGACCUGGAAAUGAACCAGGCUCUGCGUGCGGCGGGCCUGGCUGCUUUGCAGGACUCCGAAGAGCACAAGAUAACGCUGGACACCGACAUCGCGGCGGGCGGCGCUAACCUCAGUGUCGGACAACGGCAGAUUUUGGCGUUGGCUCGGGCGAUGCUGCGUGACAGCAAGCUGUUGAUUCUCGACGAGGCCACCUCUUCAAUCGACUACAAGACUGAUGCGAUUAUCCAACACACUCUACGCGAAGAGCUUUCGGCCGAUGUUAGUCUGCUUGUCGUGGCGCAUAGGCUGCAAACAGUCAUGGACUAUGAUAAAAUUAUGGUUCUCGAUUCCGGUUGCAUUGUUGAAUUUGACGCUCCAGCUGUGCUCCUUCAAAAUCCACACGGGAAGUUCAGAGCACUAGUGGAUGAAUCGGGCGACAGGGAGACAUUAUAUCAGCUCGCUGGUGCUCCGCUUACCGCUUAAACCGCCUUAAAUUUAGAACGCUCAAGGUGUUAGAUUGUUGAUGCACGUGACCACGGCAUAAUAUAGACAUAAUGGGCAAGAACCUGGUGAAUGGAAGAAACUAAUAAUUUGCGGCAUCGGCUUCCAGCUAUCUCACUAGUACCGAGUACAUAUGUACAUAGCUGUUAGUAAAGAAGAUAAGAUACGAGUCACUGACAGCGGACAUCGCCUUACUAAGAUCCGUGGCUCGUACCCUCCCACGAAGCGUCUUCUGCAUGGAUGCGAUCAGUGUUAACGGCAUGAACACUGAGCGUUGAGGCCAGUAGACGGAAGGUGAUCCGAAGCGCACUGAGCCCUUGCCCGAUGGACAAAAAGUACUGUGCGGUAGAACAUCCAGAUUACCUGGGCCGCCACUGCGCUGGCAGCUGAGAGGACCCACAAGUACCCCCAGUGCCG